UUUUAGUUUGACAACAAAAAACAUGCUCCUGAUGCACGGAGAGAAAUGUUAGGAUGAAGCGUAUACGUUACGAGCAAAUACACUCCUCUGUGCACCAGUAUCUCAAGAGAAGGCAGUAUUCGGACCAUGAAGUAAUUGAGAAGAAGGAGCACAGAUGGGUACAUGAUGUGAAAGACAUGGCUCUAAAGAGUUCCGCUUCAGGGGAGACAACAACCGAGAAUAUCUUGUUGUAUAGCAGUAUUUCAGGGGACACAACUGUUUGUGAGCAACAAUUCUCCAGAUUAAAGACCUACCUGGGUGAGGCCAUUGAGCCUUAUAAGGAUGAACUGGCUUACAUACUGUAUCCCCUGUUUGUACACAUUUACCUCCAUCUUAUCUACAAUGGACACAAGGCCCCAGCACAUAAGUUCUACAGUCGCCAUGUGAAGUUAUUUGAAAGUGCCGAGGAGUUGGUGGUGAUGGAGGCUCUACACAAACUGUACACACGUACCGAAGUCAUCAGCUGUAAGGAAGCUAUGGAGUUCAGAGAACACAAGUUUAAAGUACGCCUGUCACAAGAGGCCUUGGACUACCUGAUGAAAUAUCUUAAGGUUGAUGACAACAUGAUGCUGCUACAAAUUUUCAAUCAGCAUUUGAAAGUUGAAGUAUUAAAAGAAGACAAACGCACUCUGGAUCUGAAGGGCAGUUCAAAUGACAAGCAUGAGUCAGUGGGUAAUGAGAGAAAACGCCCAACAGAUAUAGUGAGACUACUACAGCAAUGUAUUAAACAAGUGAGAGAAGGACCACCCUGUAUGUCAUCAAUAUGUUUCUACACUUUCCUCAAUGCCUACCAGGGGUUGUGCACAGUGGACAUAUCACCCGACAGGACACUUCUGAGUGCUGGGUUCGAGGACUCAUCAGUGAAGCUGUGGAGUAUCACGCCCGGUCUGAUACAGUCCUACAAAACACCCACAGAUCCCUCCAAACUCUAUCUGUCUGCUGACUUCUGGACUUCGGAAUCCUCAUGUGAAGAGGAGGCGGAAGAUGAGGCUGAGGAAGCAGAUGGAGAGGACAGCAGUGAGGAAACGAAACCCCAGUACCGUGAGGUGGCAGCACUGAGAGCUCAUAAUGGCUCUGUAUAUAAGACUUGUUUCUGUGCCGACUCCAAAGGUUUACUGUCGUGUUCAGAAGAUGGAUCAGUUCGUCUGUGGGAUCUGAAGACUCAUACCAACAAAGUGUGCUAUAGGGGUCAUAACUAUCCUGUUUGGGAUAUUGACACCAGUUCGAUUGGAAAUUAUUUUGCCUCAGCAUCAAAGGACAAUACUGCCAAAUUGUGGGUGACUGACCGCUCUUAUCCUUUGAGGUCAUUUAUCGGUCACUCGUAUGAUGUUGAUUGUGUCAAAUUUCAUCCCAAUUGUAACUACCUGGCUACAGGAUCCAGUGACCGGACUGUCCGACUUUGGAGUCUCCAGGAUGGGAAGUCUGUCCGUCUGAUGCAGGGACACAGAAGUUCUGUCCUGGCCCUGGCAUUCUCUCCGAAUGGACAAUACCUGGCCUCAGCUGGUGAUGACCGUAGGAUUCGGGUCUGGGAUCUGACCUCUGGGAAUAUGUACAAGGAACUGAAAGGACACAUAGACACAAUACAUUGUCUUAGCUUCAAUAGAGACAGCACCCUGCUGGCAUCAGGUGGUCUUGACUGCUGUAUAAAGAUUUGGGACAUACGGAAAGGUGUCAGCUUGAGCAAUAACAACAGCAGUAACAACAACAACAACCCACCUGAUGGAAAUAUAUCACCAGAACAGUUAGGAUCAUUCCCAACGAAGUCGGCCAUAGUGACUUAUUUACAAUUUGCCCAACAUAAUCUCCUGUAUGCUGCUGGCAGCAUUUGAUGACAUUUAUUCGUGUUGCAUUUAUUGUAGAUCUGUUUUGAUGAACAUUUUAUUGUGAGCCAGUUAAACUGCUAAACAUCUUCAACAUUUUAAAAGGGUGUCAGAAAUUAAACAAACUUGAUUCCAGUAAAGGGAGUGUUUGCAGGUAGUUUUCCACUGAAGUUUGAUAUAAACGUGAUGAUAUUGCACCUAAUUAAUGAAUAUUUAUUUUCAGGUUAAAAGUUUUUUCAGAUACAUAAAAAGUAUUCAGUGGUUUUCUUGUGAAUAUGAAAUACAUGUAUAUACUUCAUAGAAAGAUUGAUAAAUCAAAUGUAUAAAAGUGAUGUUUUCAAAUGGUUAAGCUGUGAAACUUUCUUUGUUACAUACAAAUGAAAAAUAAUUUUACAUUAUCAAAAUGUAUACAAUUUUUUAGUGUUUUCAUAUAUGAUUAAUUCAAUUCAUUUAUGAUAAAUAUCUCGGAUAAAUAUCAAUAUUAAAUCUCCGUUAUUGGUCUCCAGAAAGUAUGGCAUGUAUGUUAAUGCAAAUAUGUCUUAUUAUGAAAGAUGUCAGUUUUAUUGAAUGAAUAGAAUAAAUAUCCGAGUGGCAAAAACAAUUUCCAGUCUACCCUCUUUAUAUCGCCAUAUUUUGUCCAUAGCAGUUAUGACGGUAUAACAAGGGUGGCGAUAGUAUCCAUUGGGGGGGUGGGGGGGAUGUAUGUUUGCAGUAAAUUCUGUAAACGGUUAAGUCAUGCAGUGAUAAAUUCUAGAUAUUCUAGAUAAACACUUCUAAAAUAAUUGACUCUUUUCUAGAAGAAAUAGUUAUGUUAUUUUUUAAUCAUCAUGAAACUUAAAAAUAUUACAAUGUGUUCAGGAACCGGUAAUAGCAUUUUACAAACCAAAUACAAUCAAGAAAAUGAACCUCAAUGUUUACUGUUAUUGUAAAUUGGUUUGAGUGAUUGUAUUGCUGUUACAAGAUCAUGAAUGUGAAGGAAGAUGUCUUUUCACUAGCCAGUACAUGUAUUGUUAUUCAAAAUUGUCACCUUUGUUUUUCAUCAUGUUUAUGUUAAGUUUAAGUGUGUGAGUGUGUCAUGGAAUUAUUCAAGAUCUUUAUCAGUGAAUUCACUUAUGUGAAUGUGCAAUAUACAAAACUGGCACUUUAUAUAGUUACUGAUUUUUGUGGAUGUAAUGAAUUUAUGCUAAAAACUUGAUAAUUAGUUUUUAACUUUGUUAAUGGCCAACAUACUAAAAAAGUGUUUAAGAAGUUUUCACAAAUUUCAUUUAUAUUUCUUAAUUUUCUAAAAUAUUUCAAGUAAUAAAUUAUUAAACAUAAUCUUAAAUGGGAUAUUUUUAAGAUUAGGUACCGGUACUUCCCAAAAGUGCUUAUCACAUAUGAUUGUGCUGUUAUGCAAAGUUAAAUCUCACAACAGUUUUACAGUACACAUUGGUGCAGAAUGAAGCAAAAUUGGUGAACAUCAUGAAUCAUAUUUUGUACAAUUUUUGCAAUUUUUAUGUUAAAAAUAAAUGCAAUUUUUAAGAAACA